AUGGUUUGGCCCCGCCCUCACCUGCCUAUCCCCGCCCUCGCCUGCCUCCCCCCGCCCUCACCUGCCUCCCCCCGCCCUCACCUGCCUAUCCCCGCCCUCGCCUGCCUCCCCCCGCCCUCACCUGCCUAUCCCCGCCCUCACCUGCCUCCACCCGCCCUUACCUGCCUAUCCCCGCCCUCACCUGCCAUGUUUGAUUUCUCUUUAUCUUUAAGCUCAGUCUGCCGCUACACACACUACUACAGCCCCAAGUACUGCCGCUACACACACUACUACAGCCCCAAGUACUGCCACGCCAAGGUUUACUGCCCCCUCAAGCUCUACAGCCCUGGACAGCAGCGCUUCCUCCAGUGA